AUGUCGGGCAAGUCCCUGCGGCUGUCGUUCAAAGGCGACAAGCCCAAGCGGAAAAAGACCAAGUCGAGUGGGGAAGGAAGUCGCAGCAAGCGCAGCUAUGCCCCGGAUGACGAGUCGGACGCCGAGAUGUAUGGCGGCGACGAGCAGGCGUGGGUGCCAGCCGAGACGCCCAACGAGGUCAAUGGCCCCUCGUUUAUCUACCAGCGCCUGGAAGGCGGCAGCGGUGUUGCGCUGAGCUUUAAUGUUCCCCUCACACAGGUCGAGUCGACGGCCGUUGCCCCCCCCGAAGUCCCCAGCGACCUCGUGGACGACGGUGCGAUGGUCGUCGGCGCCGAGCUCGCGCCGCAGGCCGUGCACCAGGUGUGGGUCUCGACCAAGCUCCCCGAGCUGGAGCAAUGGACGCUCAAAAGCGUGCAAGGCACCUUUCUUGCGUGCGACCGCUUCGGCAGCGUGUCCGGGUUCAACGAGGCGCGCGGCCCCCACGAAGAGUGGGUCGUGAAGCAGGUCGACGUCGCGCACGCGCGUCCUGCUGAUGCGCCCCUGCCUGAUCAUGUGGUGCUGGGCCCCCGCCGUGGCUUUGCGUUCCAGUCCCCCCACGGCGGCUGGCUCGCCUUGGAAGAGGCCGCGUCGGACCCCAAGAAUCCCGAUGGCCCCCGCAAGCGGCGGCUGCGUGCCGACGCCACCGAGCUCGACGAGCACUGUGUGUGGGAGGUGAGUGUGCAGUGGAAGUUUCGGCACGCCGUGCGCCACGCGUCGCGUGCCGCGAAAAAGAUUGCAAAGCUCGACAGUGGCAGUAUCCUCGACGAGGAGCGCAUCAGCCGGUCGCGGCAAGGGUGGAAUGCUGGAGCGCGCGUGCACCUUGCCUCGGGCGCGCAGCGCGACCUAGUCAAAGCGCAGCGCGAAGGGCGGCUGAGCGAGGCGAUGCUCGACCGCCGUAUGCGCCUCAAGAGCGACAAGUAUGCAUGGCUUACACAGUAA